AUGGCAUCUUUUGCGUCGGCUUGCCGCUUGUCGGUGAGGCUCUCAGCCAAACAAUUGCGACAAGAUGCUACCUCGCGAGGAUUCCGGACCUCUGCGAGGAGUCUCGCUGCUCAGAACUUCACGAUGCCGGCCCUUUCUCCGACGAUGACGGAGGGGAAUAUCGCCAGCUGGAAGUUCAAGGAGGGAGACUCGUUCUCCGCCGGGGACGUGCUGCUCGAGAUCGAAACGGACAAGGCCUCGAUGGAUGUGGAGGCGCAGGACGAUGGGAUUUUGGCAAAGAUCAUCCAGGGGGAUGGUAGCAAGGGACUUAAGGUCGGAACACGAAUUGGUGUACUCGCAGAGCCGGGAGACGACCUCAGCACUUUGGAGAUACCAGCAGAUGCCGGGCCAGCCGCAGCGCCGCCAGCGCCCAAGGAAGAAUCGAAGGCGGCCCCCGAGCCAGCAUCAAGCUCAAAGGCAGAGGCUUCGAAACCCUCGAGCCCCGUACCUUCUGGGACGCCAAAGAAGCAGACAUAUCCUCUCCUACCAUCAGUUCAGCAUCUCAUCCAUGAGCACGGUCUCGACGAAUCGGCCAUCGACAAGAUGACCCCUACGGGACCCAAUAAUCGUUUACUAAAGGGCGACGUCCUCGCAUAUCUAGGCUCCAUCUCAACCUCCUACCCCGCUGAGCUCUCCAGCAGGAUUGAGAAACUCAGCCACCUGGACCUCAGCAACAUCAAGAUCGCCCCUCCAGCGCCGAAGCCCGCCAAGGCCGCACCCCCACCAGCAGCAGCAGCAGCAACAGCACCCAUCAUCGAAGAUCUCGAAGUCGCCGUCCCCAUCUCCCUGACAGCCGUGAUCGAAGUGCAAAAGCGUAUCCAGAGCACGCUCGGCGUCUUCCUCCCCCUCUCCACCUUCAUCGCGCGCGCCACCGCGCUCGCGAACUCCAACCUGCCACGCUCCAAGACCUCCCCGCCCAGCGCCGACGAGCUCUUCAACCAAGUCCUCGGUCUCGACAAGGCCACCCGAGCCAAGGGUUUCAAAGGCAAUUUCCUCCCGCAGAUCAGCGCCUUGCCCGCGCGCUCUUCUCCCGACCCAACGAAAAAGGCCUCUACUGCACCCGCUAAGAAGAAGAAGGAUCUCGAUAUUAUUGAUAUCCUCUCUGGCACGACUAAGACGCAACAAGCCCGUGCUGCUGCUGCUCCCAAACCCCUCCCCGGCAUCUCGGAUUCGGUUAAUGUGUUCAGUGUGAAAGUGCCCAGGGGCGAUGAGAAGAGAGCUCAACUCUUCCUUGACAGGGUCAAGACCGCUCUUGAAGCUGAGCCUGGGAGACUGGUGCUGUGA